AUCAUGAAAUUAUUUGAUAAAAAAUACAAUUAAAUUCCGUUGCUAUGACACCAGCCAAUAAAAAAUUUCCUUAUGUUUAAAAUUAUCCAAUCAAACCUGAGGUCAGGAAAGGUCACAAAGCAGCUGCAAAUUUGAAUUUCGACGGAGCACACGAAUUGAAUCCACAACCUUGAUUUCCAAGAAAGCAUAUAUUUUUAACAUACAUCACACAACUUCCACAUCAGACAACUAGAAGCAGCAGAAGCUAUUUUGGAAAGACAAGUUCUCAUCAGCCUGCAAAUAGAAGUCAAUUUACUAAACUAGCCAUAGAGUUUGCAUCUUGGCAAGUACAUAGUUUGAAUUUCGUCAACUUUGUAUUCCAUCUAAGAAGCUUAGGAGUUCACCUGAUAUAUAUAUUUCUUAAACUGAAGAGAACAUAAACAACCAACAAUGCCUGAAGACUCCAGACUCAAGAACUACAAGAACAAGGGCAGAGAUGUUGAUGAAAUGCGACGCAGGAGACAGGACGUUUCAGUGGAGUUGAGGAAGCAGCGUAAAGAUGACCAGCUUCUGAAGCGCAGAAAUGUUGCAAUUGAGGAAGAGGGGCCUACUAGUCCACUUGCUGAUGCUUCAAGCAAGCAAAAUGUUGGACCUACAUUGACCCUCCCAGAAAUAAUAGCUGGUAUCAACGGUAAUGACAGUGGCCUUCAGAUGCAGGCUACCCAAGCAGCACGUAAAUUACUCUCAAAGGAAAGAAAUCCACCGAUAGAUGACAUCAUAAAGGCUGGAGUUAUUCCACGCAUGGUGGAGUACCUUUCACAUGCUGACAGGCCAGAACUGCAGUUUGAAGCAGCCUGGGCAUUGACAAAUAUAGCCUCGGGAACCAGUGAGCAAACAAAAGCAGUGGUGAAUUCUGGAGCUGUACCAAAGUUUGUUAAGUUACUAGAGUCUGGGAACCAAAACGUUUGUGAGCAGGCUGUAUGGGCGCUUGGCAAUAUUGCAGGUGAUGGUCCUGACAUGAGAGAUUAUGUGACAGAGUGUGGAAUUGUAGAGCCACUUCUUAAACUUGUUCAGACUGAUACAAAUGCGUCAUUCUUGAGAAACGUUACCUGGACACUUUCGAACCUUUGUCGCAACAAAAACCCACCACCCAAUUUCAAGGUUGUGAAACAGUUCCUGCCCACAUUGAACCGACUUCUGUAUCAUCAAGACAAGGAUGUACUGACAGACACAUGCUGGGCACUGUCUUACCUGACGGAUGGAACCAAUGAUAAAAUACAGGAAGUUAUCAACAGUGGAGUUGUUACUCGACUGAUAGAAUUACUAAAUCAUAAAGAAGUAUCUGUGAUUACACCUGCACUCAGAUCCAUCGGAAAUAUUGUCACUGGAGAUGAUCAACAGACACAGCAUGUGAUAGAUAGCAAGGCAUUGCCAGUGUUCCAGACAUUGUUACGCCACCAGAAGCUCAACAUACAGAAGGAGGCUGCUUGGACAAUAUCAAAUAUAACUGCAGGAAACUCUGAACAGAUUCAGUGCGUCAUUGAUACAGAAUUACUGCCACUAAUAAUUGACAUUCUGAAAAGUGGUGAUUACAAGAGCCAGAAGGAAGCAGUAUGGGCAGUGACUAAUCUCACCUCUGGUGGAACCAUGGAGCAGAUUGGUUUCCUUGUGAACCUAGGCGUGAUCCCUCACCUUUGCAAUAUGCUCACUGUCAAAGAGUCCAAGGUUAUACUGGUGAUCCUGGAUGCACUUGGAAAUAUACUGCUGGCAGCUGAGCGUGCUGGUCAGAACGUGCUAGAUGCCCUCACUGUGAUGAUAGAGGAAGCUGGCGGCCUCGACAAGAUUGAGGGAUUGCAGAAUCAUGAGAAUGAGACUGUGUACAAGGCAGCACUAGAACUCAUUGAAAAAUACUUUGGUGGAGAUGAGGAAGAUGAAAACUUGGCCCCACAGGCAGAAGAGGGCGCCACCAGUUUCCAGUUCACAGCAGCUACCAAUGCUCCGCAGCAGUUUUCGUUCUGACUGGACAAUUGUUGUACAGACAUUGUGCCGCAGCGGGACGGCUGAGGCCUCAAUCAGAUCUCACAGUGUACUCUUAUGUCAAAUCACAAGAUUUAAUCUGUAAUAAUCAAAACCAGGGCUUUUAUCCUUAAUCAUCAAAACAGCAAUUUCAUCUGUUAUCAUUAAAACCUAAUUUCAUCUAUAAUCUAAUAUUUAAUUUAGUUACUUAAUAUGCUUAGGACAUUUCUGUUUCUUGUUUGAAUAUAAUCAUUUGUAUUAAGAUUCAUUGUUACUGUAUAUUAACAUUAGGUGAAGGUUAUUGCCGUUUGUGAAGAAU